GCUGUCCACCUUCCAGGAGCGCGCCGGAGAUGAUGAGGAGGAAAAUAGGACUUCCAUCCUCCUGAAAACAGCUAAACAUGUUCAAUCAGACCUUCAAACGUGAACGCAAACACUCAUUUAUAUCGUUUCUCUCUUAUUUUUAGUCAAAUGAGAGCCGCGUUGCCUGUCAGUGUCAGUGAAAAGGCGCACAAAGGACCGUAUUCUCUAUAUCUCUCUAUUUAUAGACCCCCAUCUCCCCUCCACGGAAUGUACCACUGCCUCUUCCCAUAAGAAAAGCAGGGGGGUGGUGGUGGAGGGGAGAUAUGCAGGGUUUAUGGAACCGACUUUAAAGCGCCACUUUUUAUUCCGACCUCCCCGCAGCUCCGGCGCAGAUUGAGUCGGUCCUGUCCGUUUAAACCGAGAAGACACCCAUACCGACUCCUCAAUGCAAAGGGGGGAAAAAAAGAGAAAAGGGUGCCAAGAAAGCUAUAGGGCGAAGGAACGUGGGUGUAAAUAGACAGUGAACGCUCCUGGUUUCUCUCUCUCUCUUCUGUCACCCUCCCCUUCUCUUCUCUCCUUUCCUCCUUCUGUUUUUUAUGAAAUCAAUGAACGAGUUAUUGGCUGGGACAUAAAUAUAAGGAAUCAAAGCCUCCACCGGGACCAGCGGCAGUGCGCCUUUUUGAUAUGUGUCUUCGCCAAAACGCUACAUGUGUCUUCAAGUCAUUGUAAAUAGCGGCUUUGAUAGGACGGGAGCGGAACCAUCUCUACCGACGGCUUGGUUUCGGAACCAAAUCUGAUUUUCUUUUUUUUCUUUUUCUUUUUAUUUAUUUUUUUCUCUUUUUGAGCGCGCGCAACGAGUCUUCACCAUUGCUUCCUACUGCUGUUGCACCCACCCCAACUUACUGGCCGGUGUGAAGAUGGCAACUUUAACCAACGGCCAGGUGGACGGCACCGUGCACGGUGUCGGAGUCGUGUCCGCCAGCACGAACGGGCUCGUGAACGGAUUAAGCCACAGCCACAGCCCGGCGGGAUGCCCGGCCACCAUCCCCAUGAAGGACCACGAUGCCAUCAAACUCUUCAUCGGUCAGAUCCCGCGCAACCUGGACGAGAAGGACCUGCGGCCCCUCUUCGAGGAGUUUGGCAAGAUCUACGAGCUCACCGUGCUCAAAGACCGCUUCACGGGCAUGCACAAAGGCUGUGCCUUCCUUACCUACUGUGCCAGAGAGUCAGCCCUGAAAGCCCAGAAUGCAUUGCACGAGCAGAAGACCCUGCCAGGAAUGAACAGACCGAUCCAGGUGAAGCCAGCGGACAGCGAGAGUCGAGGAGAAGACAGAAAGCUUUUUGUCGGCAUGCUCAACAAGCAACAGUCAGAAGAUGAUGUGCGGCGUCUGUUUGAGUCCUUUGGCAGCAUCGAGGAAUGCACCAUCCUCAGAGGUCCAGACGGAAACAGCAAAGGCUGUGCGUUUGUAAAAUACUCGUCUCACGCUGAAGCUCAGGCAGCCAUCAGUGCACUACACGGCAGCCAGACAAUGCCUGGUGCGUCAUCUAGUCUGGUGGUGAAGUUCGCUGACACGGAUAAGGAGCGCACCAUCCGCCGCAUGCAGCAGAUGGCUGGUCAGAUGGGCAUCUUCAACCCUAUGGCCCUGCAGUUUGGAGCCUACGGAGCCUACGCUCAGGUGCAGCAGCAGGCAGCGCUGAUGGCCUCCGUAGGUCAGGGAGGCUACCUCAGUCCCAUGGCAGCCUUCGCUGCUGCCCAGAUGCAGCACAUGGCCACCAUCAACGGCCUCCCAGGAGCACCGCUGACCCCCACGUCAGGUGGGAGCACUCCCCCGGGCAUCAGCGCCCCCACUGUGACCAGCAUCCCCUCCCCCAUCAGUGUAAAUGGUUUUACUGGCAUGCCACCCCCGCAGGCGAACGGACAGCCGCCUGCAGAAGCCGUCUUCACCAACGGGAUCCACCAUUACCCAGUGUUGCAGGAGGUGGUUUUCAGAGAGGACUCAGAGAAAAACGGCCUGGGCGUGGCUCCGCGGAGCUGUUUCGGGGUUCAGGGUGGCUGCUUCCUCUCCUCUCUGUCUGAAGCAGCUCAAAGUCCCACUGCAGCUGAUCCUCUCCAGCAGGCUUACACAGGAGUCCAGCAGUAUGCAGCAGCCUACCCUGCUGCAUACGGUCAGAUCAGCCAAGCCUUCCCCCACCCUCCACCCAUCAUUCCACAGCAGCAACGAGAAGGACCGGAGGGCUGCAACCUGUUCAUCUACCACCUCCCUCAGGAGUUUGGGGAUGGAGAGCUGAUGCAGAUGUUCCUGCCUUUCGGUAAUGUCAUCUCCUCCAAAGUGUUUGUGGAUCGGGCGACAAACCAAAGUAAAUGCUUUGGAUUUGUGAGCUUCGACAACCCAGGUAGCGCCCAAGCUGCCAUCCAGUCCAUGAACGGCUUCCAGAUCGGUAUGAAAAGACUCAAGGUUCAGCUCAAAAGGCCAAAGGAUGCCAACCGCCCCUACUAGCCCCCUGCCCCCGCCAGCCGCCACCAUCCCGGUGGCCGGGGCAGCCAUCACGCACAGGGAAAGACAGGUUUCGUUGAAUCAAAUGUUGAAGAUUUGCUACCCACCUCCGAGUGCAAGCUCAACAUCUGGACCACAGAGGCUGCUUCAGAAAAAGAGCGCAGAGGGAGCAGUGACCGGGUCAAGGGCGCCUCCUUUUUGGAUGUACCAACAUAUGGAACUCAGAGAGCAGCUGGAUGAGCCUCGUCAGCCCCGGGACUUCUUUUUCUUCUGCAAUCAUGUACACACCCCCUUCCCCCGACUAAAACCCCACCCGCUUUGAAAGACAGCUACCUUUUUCUGGACCACAAAAAACUUUUACUUGAACACUGGCGAAAGGGGGGAAAAAAAGUAAAAGAUUCUCCUUUAAACCUAAUUACAGUGACCAACGAUAUCAAACUCUGUAAGGGAAUACGGAUGUCAAAAAAAAAAUCCAGCAAGAACAAAGCAAACUUUAAAGAAAAAAAAAACUAACUAAAAAAAGCUGCCGCAGAGGAUCUUUUCAUAAGAUGGUGUGAGCUUUUGGACAAUUCACUUUUAAAGACCAAUUUCUAAGACUUGAUACAAGAAGGAACACAUUCUCGGAGAGAGGACCCAAGUAGGUGUUCGCAGGACACAGAUUUGCUUAAAUUUUGGGAUGGCCAUGUUUAGCUUGGAGUGCCUGUCCGUUUCCAGGGGAUACCGUUGCCGAGGAGAGCCAUAGCAACGGUCUCCAGGGAGUCUUAUCUGUCAUUCCUUAGUUGUUUUAGGGACCAAAAGACCAAACCUUUUUAUCGCUGAGGACUUGUAGCUCUAAUACAAUUGGACCACUGCAUCUCUUUCAGUCGCUGUUAACUGCUUGGAGAGAAGCAAUUAAAAAGACAUGUACAUUUCAAAUAUAUACAACACGUAUAUAUAUAUAUAUAUAUAUAUAUAUAUAUAUAUAUAUAUAAAUACGUACAUACUGCUGAUAUGCUUUUUGAAUACAGGCAGAACUAUUUCAGAUGACCAAAUGAGGUCUUUCACUUCGCUAGUUUACAAUUACUUAAAGUCUUUAUUUUUGUUUUUUCCCUUUUUUGUCUCUGGAGGGAUGGCAAGUGCAUGGGAGGGGCUGCUCCGUAUCACAGCCUUAUCUUUUUUAACUUGACAUCCUAACCUCAUAGAUAGAAAAACACCAGAAAUGUUUGAAAUAUAUGAACUUGUUUAUAUUUGCAGUACAUAUAUAUGUAUAACAAACAUUCAAGCAAAUGUAUUCAUAUAUACAAUAUAUAUGGAUAAUAGAUAUUAAUCACAAAUAUAUGUACUUAUAUGCACAUAUUUUAUAUAUGUGUGUCUGUAUAUAGAAUGGCUACCGACUACGUUGAGCUGUACAUUUUUUUUAUUUUUUUUUUGUAGAUUUUAGCUGGAAGUUUGAAACGUUGAUCUGCUCGGUUAGAAUCGCAAACCCGGCAGCUCCCAAAACUGCAGGCAUUCCUAUCUCUGGUGUAUGCUGGCACAGGAAAUGUUGUUAGGGGAAACGUGCGAGAAGACACAUUGUGUAAAUAUGAUCUCAAAAAUGCGAAAAAGCCACAUUUUAGUAGCAGGCUUCAACAGAAUCAGGCCAAAUGUGUAUUUUUUUUUUAAGAGGAAAAGGACAAUUAUCUUCGUUUCUAUUCCAAGCAUAUCGUUCCAGCUUACACACACACACAAGUACACAUCCAAACACAAACUUCUCUUUGAAACUUGAACCAAAACGAAUAGGUCUCACAACCCUUGCUCUCUUUUUUGCAUUCAGUAAAGUGCAUGUAGCGUAUGGGCUCUCACCAUGUCAGGGUGUGCCUUGUCACCUGCAGAAUCUGCCAUCCAGCACUGUGCUCUACGAAAUCAAAGAGAUAAAAAACAAGAACUACUGCGAGCAGCAAAUGCGCUAUUAUGAUGUCAAAACUGCAGCCAGAUCCAUAUCACUUCACAGCAGAGAGCUCCACUGCACGUCCAACACAAGACACUGUUGGGCCGAUGUUGUCGUUUAAUACACACAUGCAUUCAUGUUCAGAACCACAGUAGACACUUCAAGUGGGCAUUGGGUAAGCUGUUAGCACAGGUGCUAUCGAUCAAAGCUGUGCACUAUCAUCCCUGAAAAGCUUAGUUAGGCUUUGCUGCUGGAAUGGUUUCAUACAGAAUACGGUGGAGCUUUUUUCUCUUUUUAACCUUCAUUCUUACUUUUUUUUUUGUUUUUUACAGCUGUGACAAAAAUGUUGGAGAGCACUUGUUUCCCGCUCACCAAAAACGUAUCCACCUUUGCUCUUUCUACCUAACUGGAAGCAUUCACUUCUAAAUGUUAUACUGGCCAAUAUCCUCUAGGAAACGAAAAUUGAAACUGUAAUUGAAGCAACUCUGGAUAUCUACGUUCAGACUGGGCGUGUUACACGCGUUCAAGAGUGUGUUCACACUUGACCAGCAAAGAGGGGAUUCAUUUUCUUUUUCAACUGUUUGCUAGCUCAUGUUCGCCACCUACAGUUAGAAGAGGCUUGGUGCAAGUAAGAAUUGCUUCCCUAUCCCUACAUUUAUCCCUCUCAGUGGACAGAUAUAGAAAAAAACUGAGGCUAUGUCUGAAUUCCCACCCUAAUCCUCAACUAUAAACACUUUAUAAUGUGGGACUAUCUAGUGCCCUGGAUUUUAAAAGCAAUUCGGACACCAUGCUCACUACUUUUUGAUGAUGUCAUCAACAGUCGUCUACAUUAGCAUGUAGCUGCCAGAAAAUACAUCAAUUUUCUAACUUUAAAAGUCAUGCAAAAACAAAAAGUCAUUACUUACAUUUAAAUGUAAACUUCUGAGCGUUAAAGCACACCUAUAUGAAGAAAUGAAUUUUCCACAACACUAGCCUGAUGUGGAUUACUAUAGCCAGCCCCAAGCAAGUCGCAAAAAAAAAAAAAAAAAGAAUUUUGGACAUCACUACAGCUUCAAAUGCCCCUACAAUUGGAGCAAUAGGGUAGAUAAGUAAUUCAGAUUAGACCUUGCAGUCAUUUAAUUCUGGCUGGGCACAAACUGCAAUUCUUAAUUUCUCCCACAAGAUCAAUGUUCAAAUGGUUGUCACUUCCGUUACUUAAGAGAGAGACCUCUCUUGUUUUGUCCAUAGGUCCCCAAAACAGCUGUAGAAACUUGCAUAGGUAGGCGAGAAAAUUAGAAUUUUGAUUACUGAAGCCCGAAACGCCCCUUUACAUUGACUUUUCUAUGGAAGUGUUUGUCUGAACCUACACUGCAGAGGGCAAUGUGAACGUAGCUUAAGAGCAGCAACUGUUGCACCGAGGAAGCCGCCUUCCUUUUGCUUUAGCUUACAGUUUCUCCUCCCAAUCCCCCAAAAUAGAACGUACUAUCCACCUGCAAAAGGUCAACAGAGUUGGAUUUAUUGGACUCUGCAUUCAACACAUUUUGAGCUGGUGGAGAUUACUUAAUGAAUAUUUAUAUGGAUGAAUAUUUAUAAGGCUAUAUGACACUUUGGAAGACAAUGCUUCCUGUUGGGUGUUGUUACAAGUUUUCCUAUAAACUGCUCAUUAUGCUGUUUCCCCAGUGUCCGCGCCUAACCUUUUUAGCAGUUUGAAUAAUUUAACAUUUACCUUCCAAAUCCAGCGAGGCUUAAAGACCACAACUACACAUCCCAGGAUGCCUCUGUUUGUGUGUCGGGGUCACAUAGCAAUCUGAGCGUGGCAUUCAGUGUAAGCCAGAUGACCAACACGGGCAGUGAAUUAAAACAAAACUCCCCGCCGCCGCCCCCCCAGCACGUCCACCUGAACCCAACUUACCUAACAAUAACAUGCUAAAUGUCACACGUCUGGUCCACGGCCGGGUGUCCUUUCUGUCCGCUCCGAGGCCAGGACGGAAAGGCGUCCACACAGUUUUUUCUUUUUCCUCGCCGUUUGUUCGAGCCCGUGUCUUCUACCAGUGUUUUCAUGUUGGGGGGUGGGAAGGAUAAGCUGGAGCACGACAACCGUGGGAACUAGAACGCCAGGCACCUCAUCCUCAUUUGCUCCGAAGCUGCAAGUUUACAUGGAAAAAGAAAAAAAACAAAAAGUGGGGGUUCGAAAAACAAGAACAGGAUGGAGCAAAAGUUUGAAUAUAAAUAUAUAAAUAUAUAUAUAAAUACAUCAAGGGAUGAAUAUACUGUAAAUUGUUUCCUUUUUUUGCUCUGUUUUCCUCUGUACAUAGGUUUGCAUAUUUUAUAGGACUUUUACUUCUAUCUACAAGGACUGGAUUACAAAAAAAGAAAAAAAAGUACUUUAAAUACUAAAAAAAUUAUAUAUAUCUAUGAAUGAAAAUGUGAUAACGCUCAUGAAAACCAGGUACAAAAAAAAAGUAUAUAGUUGCUAGGAUACGGUACAAACUGUAGGACCUGACCAAGGCAUUUAUCCAGAAUACAGUCAGGGAGAGCAUUGACCUCAGUUAGAGCUUAGACACGCAUUGACCUUUUUUUAUAUUUAAAGAAAAAAAAAAACAAGAACACAUUUUAGUGGGUACUAUUCAUUUAUUUCUUUAGAUAUUUAUUUAGAAGUCAUGUCUGACAUGAUAUGCAUGCUUUCAUGGCAUUAUUUUUCUAUGAGUUGGUGCGUGACCAAAUAGUUUUUAUACGACAUGCAUGAGCUACCAACGUGGUCCACAAAUGACCUUGGUUCUUCUGGGCAGGACCACGCCUUCAGCACUUCUUUGACGAUGGAAAGGGGCGAAAAGUGACAAAGUGAUGUCAGAGACACAUUUUGAUCCGUCAGCUAUUUAUUAUUUAUUUGUGUUUCUAUUUAUUUGUGCCGUUUGAUUCAAGAUCUGAGCUCUAUUAUUUUACCACACAUCUCGAGUGUGUGCUGGAGUAUUUUUUUUAGAUCACAGCACUUCUAAAUCACUGGAAUUCUUGUCCUUUCACUGGUAAACUACUCGCAACAAUGCAGUACAACACUAAAGCCUUAUGUAUAUUGUAAUUACAAACUCAUGCGAUUUCUGUUUAGCAACAAAAAGAUUUGUUAAUAUCUUAAAAAACACUUUGAAUCUGAUCAAUUUAAUUAACGUUUGUGUCCAUUUUGAAACCAAUGCAGUGGAAAUGGGGGGGUUACAUCUACUGUUCAGUCUGGAUCACAACAGUAGGCAUGCCUAAAGGUUACAGGGAUUCUCUGCCAAUGUUUUACGAAAAACAUUUUUUUUUAAAUAAAAGGUGAUUGACGGGUGGCAUCAAAUAAAAUCAUCCUGCCAUUUUUGUUUUGAAACAGUUGACAGAGCUCCGAUCUUGUUCAUCGUAUUCACCCUCCAAAGAGUAAAUUUCACUGAAGUCUGUGGCCUUUCAUCCAAAGGAGAAGCGUCACUUUCUUUAGCGCUGGUGUGAUUUGAUUUUCUAAAGCUCUGUUGUGUUUGCUCGACUCACUAUUUCCAUGGUUUGGUUUUUUAAAGUAUUCUGGAACUCUACUGUAAUUCCCAGUUUCAGCACAGAUGGAGAGUGGGGAGAUGAAUGUUGCAUAUUUGGCUUUGCCAGGAUCCUGAUGAGCUGAGCUUCUGAUUGGGCAGUGCGCUUUAGGCUCCCACCCCUCUGUCUCCAGACUGCAACAUUCUCCGGUCCCCUGGACUCAUCUUUUGUAAUUUUAAAUGAAUGAUGCGUCUCAGCUUAGCCCAAUAAUAAAGCACAGUCUAGAAUAAAUGA